AUGGAGGCCUUGCAGGAUAGGAGUGCUUGGGAGGAGGAGGAAGCUGGGUUCCCUAAGUGCCGGUUGGGCAACAGAGAAGGCCGUUUCCCGAAGCGUCGGUCCAGCGGUGGAGGAGGCUGGGGACCAAGCAGCACUGGCUCAGCGGUGAAGAAGGCCAGGUCCAGCAGUGGGAGGCUCAAGCUUACAGCAGAUGUCGUCAGGAGGCAGGCUGGGGAGCUGCAAGGGGAGGACCCUGAUAACUCUAAGAAUGAUUUUCCAGAGCCAAAUGAACAUCACGAUUCCACAUCAUAUGAAUACAUGCAUGUAAAGCUUGAGGAACAUGCCCAGUCAAAACUCAGUACCAAGGAACUCAUCACAGAGAAAGCCAGAGAGGUCUGCAGAAAUGGCCCAAAGGUGGUUUCCAGCUUCUUUUUAACCCUCUUCCCUGUACUCUCAUGGCUUCCACGUUACAAGAUCAAAAAGUACCUGCCUGGCGAUAUCACAUCUGGCAUUAUAGUUGGCAUUGUCACCAUUCCACAGUCAAUUGCUUACUCUUUGUUAGCUAAUCAAGACCCCAUCUAUGGACUGUACACCAACUUCUUCUGCUGCAUUAUCUAUUUCUUAACAGCAACAUCACGUCACAAUUGUGUUGGUACAUACGGCGUUCUGUGCCUUAUGGUUGGAGAGACAGUAAACAAACAAUUAAAGGCAGCAGGUUACAUUACAGAUGGUACUACAGCAGCAGUAGUAAACUCAACACUUGUUAAUGGAACUCUGUGUGGUAAAAGCUGCUAUGCCAUUACUGUGGCAACAUCGUUGACCUUCAUUGUUGGUGUAUAUCAGAUCCUCCUAGGAAUCUUUCAGCUAGGGUUCAUCUCAAUGUAUUUGUCAGAGCCUCUCCUGAGUGGUUUUGUCACUGGCUCAUCCUUGACCAUCCUGACUUCGCAGAUGAAGUAUCUCCUUGGGUUAAAGAUCCCUCGUCGCGAUGGUGUUGGGGCUUUGAUUUUUACUUGGGUUGACAUCUUCUCCAGUUUAAAAAGUACAAAUAUAUGUGAUUUAGUUACCAGCAUCAUUGCAAUAUUGGCCAUUGUCCCUGUCAAAGAAAUCAAUGAUCGUUUCAAGAGUAAGAUGAAAAUUCCCUUUCCAAUAGAACUAUUAGUGAUUAUUGUGGCCACAUUGGUUUCCCAUUUCUUUAGUUUUAAUACAAAAUAUAAAUCCUCAGUCUGUGGAACCAUUCCCACUGGAUUCCAGGUUCCAAAAGCACCAGACUGGAGCUUGAUCCCCAGUAUAGCUGCUGAUGCAGUGCCAAUUGCAAUCAUUGGAUUUGCCAUGACAGUAUCACUUGCUGAAAUAUUUGCCAAAAAGCAUGGUUACACAAUCAGCACCAAUCAGGAGAUGAUUGCUAUAGGCAUGUGUAAUCUCAUCCCAUCUUUCUUCUCCUGUUUUGCAAGCUGUGCCGCUCUUGCCAAAAGCCUUCUAAGAGAAUCUACAGGUGCCAACACUCAGCUAAAUGGCAUAAUCAGCUCAGCUGUAUUGUUGCUUGUACUGCUCGCUAUUGCCCCUCUGUUCUAUUCUCUGCAAAGUUGCAUUUUAGGUGUCAUAACUAUAACCAGUCUUAGGGGAGCACUAAGAAAAUUUUCUGACACUCCAAAAAUGUGGCAUAUUAGUAAAAUCGAUACAGUGGUCUGGUGGGUUAGCAUGUUGGCUUCUUCCCUAAUUUCAACUGAGAUUGGAUUGUUGGUGGCCGUUUGCUUCUCCAUGCUUUGUGUGAUCUUCCGUACCCAGAGGCCAAGGGCUACUCUAUUAGGUAAAGUUAGCGGGACAGAGAUUUAUGAAGACCAGUUCACAUACAAAGAGUUGAACAUCAUACCUUAUGUGAAAAUAUUCCGCUUUGAUGCCUCUAUCUACUAUGCCAACAAAGACUACUUUAGAAAUUCACUUUACGACAAAACUGGUAUAAACCCCUCUACAGUGUCUGCAUUACAAAGGAAGGCAAAGAAAGAAGAAGAGGCAGCUUCAAGAGAAACUGGCAAUAGAUUCAUUGCUAGAUUUAACUUGAUUAAAACUGAGAGGAAGACAACUACAAAAACUCCUGUACCACACCUUGAUAUUCACUCUCUUAUUAUUGAUUGUGGUGCCAUGCAGUUUCUUGACACUGUGGGGCUUAGUGUUCUUCAAGAAGUCAGCAAUGACUAUGAGGCGAUAGGUGUACGGGUGUUCCUUGUUAACUGCAAUCCAUCAGUUCGCCGAUCCCUUCAUGAUGGAGGGUAUUUCAGGAACACCAGUGGUGAACUAGAGCUGCUUGCCUUUCACAGUGUACACGAUGCAGUGACAUUUGCUGAGAGGCAAUUCAAAGAAAAACAGAAAGAAAUUCAAUUGAGAGAUGCUGCCUUCUCAUUUGAUCCAGAUCAAGCUAUAAGUGAUGACCUCAGGAACUAA